AUGGCUGCAAUGAACAUGGCUCUUGAGAAAAAGAUCGAAGCUGACGUGAAUUUGAAUUCUAAUGGUGGCAAAAGGGCUUACGUCACUUUCCUCGCUGGAAACAAAGACUAUUGGAUGGGUGUGGUCGGUCUAGCCAAAGGACUGCGCAAGGUGAAAUCAGUCUAUCCACUCGUUGUGGCCUGUCUUCCGGAUGUGCCAGAAGAACACCGUCAAAUCUUGGUGGCUCAGGGAUGCAUCAUCCGUGAGAUUGAACCGGUCAUUCCACCAGAAAACAUAAUUGGUUAUUCCAUGGCUUACUUUGUUCUCAACUACUCCAAACUUCGUAUUUGGGAGUUUGUGGAAUAUGAGAAGGUGAUGUAUUUAGAUGGAGACAUUCAAGUGUUUGGUAACAUUGACCAUCUUUUCGACACUCCUUCCGGUUACUUGUACGCGGUUAAAGAUUGCUUUUGCGAAAUUUCAUGGUGCAACACUACUCAAUACCAGAUCGGUUACUGCCAACAGUCACCCGAAAAGGUAACAUGGCCGGUGGAAACUCUCGGUUCUCCGCCGCCUACCUAUUUCAACGCUGGUAUGUUACUGUUUGAACCAAAUCUUGUCGUGUACGAGGAUCUCCUUCGUGUUGUUCAAAUCACCGCUCCAACGUAUUUUGCUGAACAGGAUUUUCUGAAUAUGUAUUUCAGAGACACCUACAAGCCAAUUCCUUCCACCUACAACCUUGUAUUGGCUAUGUUGUGGCGUCACCCGGAACAUAUUGACCUUAACCAAAUCCGUGUGGUCCAUUACUGCGCAAAUGGCUCAAAGCCAUGGAAAUAUGAUGAAACCGAAGAGCACAUGGAGCGUGAAGACAUAAAAAUGCUUGUGAAGAAGUGGUGGGAGAUUUAUGAAGAUCCAAGUUUGGACUACAAGAACUUUAUGGAAACUGAGCCUAAGUUGAAUCCGAUCGCUACUGCAGUCCUAGCUUCCAAAGAGUCUGAUGGUGAUGUUCUCACGAGCCUUGCCCCCUCAGCAGCAUAGCCAAUCUUUUAGCCGAAGCUAUGCUAUGCAACCUUUUUUUUGUUUUCUGUUUUUUUUUUGGUUUUAAUAGAGGUUUAGCUAUAUAUAUAUAAUUUUAUCAUAAUUAUAUAUAGCGACCUCGUUAUGUUUGUGAGAUUAGAGGUGGUUGGUCUUGUGUUUUGGUUAGCCUUUUGUGUCAAUGCCGACCUUGAUCAACCAUGCAUACCUUUGCCUCUUUUGUUUUAUCAUUAAUCAAUAAUAAGAACUUUCUCUUGGCUUUCAUUCGUUCAUUCUUUUGCAAAACAAUUUGAUAUAUAUUUUAUCGAAAGCUAAGAUGAUUUUUAGUAUAAUUAUGAAUAAUAUUACAAGUCUCUCGCCACCUUAAAUCCAGUGUUGUCAAUUGCGGUGUUUAUUUUUAGGACUGGUUCUUCUUUUGUAACCAAAGUUUCCUUUCAAUGAGUUUUAAGCUGGACGAAUCAAUUUAGUACGGCAGCUCUUUCUUCUGCUGCUUUGUUGCAUCUUUAUGCUUUGGGGGAUUAUUAGACGUGUGCUUGUGUAUGAGUACACCUUGUGUAGGUUUCAAGUUGAUUUCCCAAUAAUGAAGUGUGAGUCUUAGCCUUUUUCUGGCUAUAUAUCUAACAUGAUAAU